AUGUACAGGCCUGGCAUGAACCACAGCAACGGCAGCACCACUGAAACCACCAGCAUGACGUGGAUGACCAGCACCAUGAUGAUGGCGGAUGUGGCACGUUUGGAGGGUUGCAUGGGCUUGUCAGUUUCAGAUGCCAGGAUGUUUGAAGCUUCCUCGGAUGCAUUCCGAGUGUUGGAAGAGGCAUUGGCUAGAGCGGCCGGUGGUGAAGUGAUGGUGGAGCAUGUUUCUGUAUCCAUCAUGCCUGGGGAAACUUGUGCAACUGGCCCGAUGUCUUCUACUACGUGGUUUGGCGGCAGGCGUUUGCAAGGAGCAGGAGAAGAUGUGAAGGUGGAAUAUGUGAUCCACUUUCCUGGCCAUGCAGGGGCUGAAGUUGCCAUCCAGGCAGCUGAAAGGAGCAAAAGAGCCUUGGAAGAAAUCUCCCUGAACCAGAUGAACCAGAUUGUCAUGGAGGAGAUGUCUAGGUACCAUUCUCUUGCGAUGCUUUCAGUUCACGUGACCACUCCCCCAACUGUGCAUUUGAUCAUCACCUACGGGCCCAACAUGAACCACAGCAACGGCAGCACCACUGAAACCACCAGCAUGACCAUGAUGACCACAGGCAUGUACAGGCCUGGCAUGAACCACAGCAACGGCAGCACCACUGAAACCACCAGCAUGACCAUGAUGACCACAGGCAUGUACAGGCCUGGCAUGAACCACAGCAACGGCAGCACCACUGAAACCACCAGCAUGACGUGGAUGACCAGCACCAUGAUGAUGGCAGAUGUGGCACGUUUGGAGGGUUGCAUGGGUUUGUCAGUUUCAGAUGCCAGGAUGUUUGCAGGUUCUUCAGAUGCAUUCCGAGUGUUGGAAGAGGCAUUGGCUAGAGCGGCCGGUAGUGGAGUGAUGGUGGAGCAUGUUUCUGUCUCCAUCGUGCCUGGGGAAACUUGUGCAACUGGUCCGAUGUCUUCUACCACGUGGUUUGGCGGCAGGCGUUUGCAAGGAGCAGGAGAAGAUGUGAAGGUGGAAUAUGUGAUCCACUUUCCUGGCCAUGCAGGGGCUGAAGUUGCCAUCCAGGCAGCUGAAAGGAGCAAAAGAGCCUUGGAAGAAAUCUCCCUGAACCAGAUGAACCAGAUUGUCAUGGAGGAGAUGUCUAGGUACCAUUCUCUUGCGAUGCUUUCAGUUCACGUGACCACUCCCCCAACUGUGCAUUUGAUCAUCACCUACGGGCCCAACAUGAACCACAGCAACGGCAGCACCACUGAAACCACCAGCAUGACCAUGAUGACCACAGGCAUGUACAGGCCUGGCAUGAACCACAGCAACGGCAGCACCACUGAAACCACCAGCAUGACCAUGAUGACCACAGGCAUGUACAGGCCUGGCAUGAACCACAGCAACGGCAGCACCACUGAAACCACCAGCAUGACGUGGAUGACCAGCACCAUGAUGAUGGCAGAUGUGGCACGUUUGGAGGGUUGCAUGGGCUUGUCAGUUUCAGAUGCGAGGAUGUUUGCAGGUUCUUCAGAUGCAUUCCGAGUGUUGGAAGAGGCAUUGGCUAGAGCGGCCGGUGGUGAAGUGAUGGUGGAGCAUGUUUCUGUCUCCAUCAUGCCUGGGGAGACUUGUGCAACUGGCCCGAUGUCUUCUACCACGUGGUCUGGCAGCAGACGUCUGCAAGGAGCCGAAGAAGAUGUGAAGGUGGAAUAUGUGAUCCACUUUUCUGGUCAUGCUGGGGCUGACGCUGCCAUCCAGGCAGCUGAAAGGAGCAAAAGAGCCUUGGAAGAAAUCUCCCUGAACCAGAUGAACCAGAUUGUCAUGGAGGCCUGGCAUGAACCAAGCAACGGCAGCACCACUGAAACCACCAGCAUGACGUGGAUGACCAGCACCAUGAUGAUGGCAGAUGUGGCACGUUUGGAGGGUUGCAUGGGUUUGUCAGUUUCAGAUGCGAGCAUAUUUGCAGGUUCUUCAGAUGCAUUCCGAGUGUUGGAAGAGGCAUUGGCUAGAGCGGCCGGUAGUGGAGUGAUGGUGGAGCAUGUUUCUGUCUCCAUCGUGCCUGGGGAAACUUGUGCAACUGGUCCGAUGUCUUCUACCACGUGGUUUGGCGGCAGGCGUUUGCAAGGAGCAGGAGAAGAUGUGAAGGUGGAAUAUGUGAUCCACUUUCCUGGCCAUGCAGGGGCUGAAGUUGCCAUCCAGGCAGCUGAAAGGAGCAAAAGAGCCUUGGAAGAAAUCUCCCUGAACCAGAUGAACCAGAUUGUCAUGGAGGAGAUGUCUAGGAUGUUUGCAGGUUCUUCAGAUGCAUUCCGAGUGUUGGAAGAGGCAUUGGCUAGAGCGGCCGGUGGUGAAGUGAUGGUGGAGCAUGUUUCUGUCUCCAUCAUGCCUGGGGAGACUUGUGCAACUGGCCCGAUGUCUUCUACCACGUGGUCUGGCAGCAGACGUCUGCAAGGAGCCGAAGAAGAUGUGAAGGUGGAAUAUGUGAUCCACUUUUCUGGUCAUGCUGGGGCUGACGCUGCCAUCCAGGCAGCUGAAAGGAGCAAAAGAGCCUUGGAAGAAAUCUCCCUGAACCAGAUGAACCAGAUUGUCAUGGAGGAGAUGUCUAGGUACCAUUCUCUUGCAAUGCUUUCAGUUCACGUCACCACUCCCCCAACUGUGCAUUUGAUCAUCACCUACGGGCCCAACAUGAACCACAGCAACGGCAGCACCACUGAAACCACCAGCAUGACCAUGAUGACCACAGGCAUGUACAGGCCUGGCAUGAACCACAGCAACGGCAGCACCACUGAAACCACCAGCAUGACGUGGAUCACCAGCACCAUGAUGAUGGCAGAUGUGGCACGUUUGGAGGGUUGCAUGGGUUUGUCAGUUUCAGAUGCGAGCAUAUUUGCAGGUUCUUCAGAUGCAUUCCGAGUGUUGGAGGAGGCAUUGGCUAGAGCGGCCGGUGGUGAAGUGAUGGCGGAGCAUGUUUCUGUCUCCAUCAUGCCUGGGGAGACUUGUGCAACUGGCCCGAUGUUGUCUACCACGUGGUCUGGUGGCAGACGUUUGCAAGGAGCCGAAGAAGAUGUGAAGGUGGAAUAUGUGAUCCACUUUCCUGGUCAUGCUGGGGCUGACGCUGCCAUCCAGGCAGCUGAAAGGAGCAAAAGAGCCUUGGAAGAAAUCUCCCUGAACCAGAUGAACCAGAUUGUCAUGGAGGAGAUGUCUAGGUACCAUUCUCUUGCAAUGCUUUCAGUUCACGUCACCACUCCCCCAACUGUGCAUUUGAUCAUCACCUACGGGCCCAACAUGAACCACAGCAACGGCAGCACCACGGAAACCACCAGCAUGACAUGGAUGACCACUGGCAUGUACAGGCCUGGCAUGAACCACAGCAACGGCAGCACCACUGAAACCACCAGCAUGACAUGGAUGAGCAGCACCAUGAUGAUGGCGGAUGUGGCACGUUUGGAGGGUUGCAUGGGCUUGUCAGUUUCAGAUGCGAGGAUGUUUGCAGGUUCUUCAGAUGCAUUCCGACUGUUAGAGGAAGCAUUGGCUAGAGCAGCCGGUGGUGAAGUGAUGGUGGAGCAUGUUUCUGUCUCCAUCAUGCCUGGGGAAACUUGUGCAACUGGCCCGAUGUCGUCUACCACGUGGUCUGGCGGCAGGCGAUUGCAAGGAGCAGAAGAAGAUGUGAAGGUGGAAUAUGUGAUCCACUUUCCUGGUCAUGCUGGGGCUGAAGUUGCCAUCCAGGCAGCUGAAAGGAGCAAAAGAGCCUUGGAAGAAAUCUCCCUGAACCAGAUGAACCAGAUUGUCAUGGAGGAGAUGUCUAGGUACCAUUCUCUUGCGAUGCUUUUAGUUCACGUCACCACUCCCCCAACUGUGCAUUUGAUCAUCACUUACGGGCCCAACAUGAACCACAGCAACGGCAGCACCACUGAAACCACCAGCAUGACGUGGAUGACCAGCACCAUGAUGAUGGCGGAUGUGGCACGUUUGGAGGGUUGCAUGGGUUUGUCCGUUUCAGAUGCCGGAAUGUUUGCAGGUUCUUCAGAUGCAUUCCGAGUGUUAGAGGAAGCAUUGGCUAGAGCAGCCGGUGGUGAAGUGAUGGUGGAGCAUGUUUCUGUCUCCAUCAUGCCUGGGGAGACUUGUGCAACUGGCCCGAUGUCUUCUACCACGUGGUCUGGCGGCAGACGUCUGCAAGGAGCCGAAGAAGAUGUGAAGGUGGAAUAUGUGAUCCACUUUUCUGGUCAUGCUGGGGCUGACGCUGCCAUCCAGGCAGCUGAAAGGAGCAAAAGAGCCUUGGAAGAAAUCUCCCUGAACCAGAUGAACCAGAUUGUCAUGGAGGAGAUGUCUAGGUAUCAUUCUCUUGCGAUGCUUUUAGUUCACGUCACCACUCCCCCAACUGUGCAUUUGAUCAUCACUUACGGGCCCAACAUGAACCACAGCAACGGUAGCACCACUGAAACCACCAGCAUGACGUGGAUGACCAGCACCAUGAUGAUGGCGGAUGUGGCACGUUUGGAGGGUUGCAUGGGUUUGUCAGUUUCAGAUGCCGGAAUGUUUGCAGGUUCUUCAGAUGCAUUCCGAGUGUUAGAGGAAGCAUUGGCUAGAGCAGCCGGUGAUGAAGUGAUGGUGGAGCAUGUUUCUGUCUCCAUCAUGCCUGGGGAAACUUGUGCAACUGGCCCGAUGUCGUCUACCACGUGGUCUGGCGGCAGGCGUCUGCAAGGAGCCGAAGAAGAUGUGAAGGUGAAAUACGUGAUCCACUUUCCUGGUCAUGCUGGGGCUGAAGUUGCCAUCCAGGCAGCUGAAAGGAGCAAAAGAGCCUUGGAAGAAAUCUCCCUGAACCAGAUGAACCAGAUUGUCAUGGAGGAGAUGUCUAGGUAUCAUUCUCUUGCGAUGCUUUUAGUUCACGUCACCACUCCCCCAACUGUGCAUUUGAUCAUCACUUACGGGCCCAACAUGAACCACAGCAACGGUAGCACCACUGAAACCACCAGCAUGACGUGGAUGACCAGCACCAUGAUGAUGGCGGAUGUGGCACGUUUGGAGGGUUGCAUGGGUUUGUCAGUUUCAGAUGCCGGAAUGUUUGCAGGUUCUUCAGAUGCAUUCCGAGUGUUAGAGGAAGCAUUGGCUAGAGCAGCCGGUGGUGAAGUGAUGGUGGAGCAUGUUUCUGUCUCCAUCAUGCCUGGGGAAACUUGUGCAACUGGCCCGAUGUCGUCUACCACGUGGUCUGGCGGCAGGCGAUUGCAAGGAGCAGAAGAAGAUGUGAAGGUGGAAUAUGUGAUCCACUUUCCUGGUCAUGCUGGGGCUGACGCUGCCAUCCAGGCAGCUGAAAGGAGCAAAAGAGCCUUGGAAGAAAUCUCCCUGAACCAGAUGAACCAGAUUGUCAUGGAGGAGAUGUCUAGGUACCAUUCUCUUGCAAUGCCUUCAGUUCACGUCACCACUCCCCCAACUGUGCAUUUGAUCAUCACCUACGGGCCCAACAUGAACCACAGCAAUGGCAGCACCACUGAAACCACCAGCAUGACGUGGAUGACCAGCACUAUGAUGAUGGCGGAUGUGGCACGUUUGGAGGGUUGCAUGGGUUUGUCAGUUUCAGAUGCCGGAAUGUUUGCAGGUUCUUCAGAUGCAUUCCGAGUGUUAGAGGAAGCAUUGGCUAGAGCAGCCGGUGAUGAAGUGAUGGUGGAGCAUGUUUCUGUCUCCAUCAUGCCUGGGGAAACUUGUGCAACUGGCCCGAUGUCGUCUACCACGUGGUCUGGCGGCAGGCGUCUGCAAGGAGCCGAAGAAGAUGUGAAGGUGAAAUACGUGAUCCACUUUCCUGGUCAUGCUGGGGCUGAAGUUGCCAUCCAGGCAGCUGAAAGGAGCAAAAGAGCCUUGGAAGAAAUCUCCCUGAACCAGAUGAACCAGAUUGUCAUGGAGGAGAUGUCUAGGUACCAUUCUCUUGCAAUGCUUUCAGUUCACGUCACCACUCCCCCAACAGUGCAUUUGAUCAUCACCUACGGGCCCAACAUGAACCACAGCAACGGCAGCACCACUGAAACCACCAGCAUGACAUGGAUGACCAGCACCAUGAUGAUGGCGGAUGUGGCACGUUUGGAGGGUUGCAUGGGUUUGUCAGUUUCAGAUGCCGGAAUGUUUGCAGGUUCUUCAGAUGCAUUCCGAGUGUUAGAGGAAGCAUUGGCUAGAGCAGCCGGUGAUGAAGUGAUGGUGGAGCAUGUUUCUGUCUCCAUCAUGCCUGGGGAAACUUGUGCAACUGGCCCGAUGUCGUCUACCACGUGGUCUGGCGGCAGGCGUCUGCAAGGAGCCGAAGAAGAUGUGAAGGUGGAAUAUGUGAUCCACUUUCCUGGUCAUGCUGGGGCUGAAGUUGCCAUCCAGGCAGCUGAAAGGAGCAAAAGAGCCUUGGAAGAAAUCUCCCUGAACCAGAUGAACCAGAUUGUCAUGGAGGAGAUGUCUAGGUACCAUUCUCUUGCAAUGCUUUCAGUUCACGUCACCACUCCCCCAACUGUGCAUUUGAUCAUCACCUACGGGCCCAACAUGAACCACAGCAACGGCAGCACCACUGAAACCACCAGCAUGACGUGGAUGACCAGCACCAUGAUGAUGGCGGAUGUGGCACGUUUGGAGGGUUGCAUGGGUUUGUCAGUUUCAGAUGCCGGAAUGUUUGCAGGGUCUUCAGAUGCAUUCCGAGUGUUAGAGGAAGCAUUGGCUAGAGCAGCCGGUGGUGAAGUGAUGGUGGAGCAUGUUUCUGUCACGAUGGUGCCUGGGGAAACUUGCGUAGCUGUUCCAAUGUCCUCUACAACUUAUCCUGUCACAAGUGUUGGUGGCAGACUGUUGCAAGGUGUCAACGACACUGUGCGGGUCGACUAUGUGAUACUUUUCAGUCAGCAUGCAAGUGCUGAAGCUGCUGUUCAGGCUGCGGAAAGGAGCAAAGUAGCCAUCGAACAACUUUCUUUGAACCAAAUGACCCAGAUCAUCAUGGAGGACCACCAGCUUGACCACUACAUCAACAAGUUUCACAGUAUCAACAACUCGGACAAGCACAGGCACCACAACAUCUUUUACCAACACUACCACCAGUACCAGUCUGACAAGUACCACCAGCAUGACCACAACGACAACCAGUAUCACCACAUCAACCACUCAGACAAGCACAGUCACCUCAACAUCCUGCACCAACACUACCACCAGUACCAGUCUGACAAGUACCACCAGCAUGACCACAACGACAACCAGUAUCACCACAUCAACCACUCAGACAAGCACAGUCACCUCAACAUCCUGCACCAACACUACCACCAGUACCAGUCUGACAAGUACCACCAGCAUGACCACAACGACAACCAGUAUCACCACAUCAACCACUCAGACAAGCACAGUCACCUCAACAUCCUUCACCAACACAACCACCAGCACAAGCCUGACAAGCACCACCAGCAUGACCACUACAUCAACAAGCAUCACAACAUCAACGACCAAAACCGUUACAAUGACUUCAACUUCAGUGACCGACACCACCACGUCCAUCACAACCACAAGCACCACAAUCUCCACUUCUUCAACCACUUUGACGACUUCAGUGACGAACACCACAACGUCCACUUCAGUCACAAGCACCACCACGAUGACAACAACACCCUUUCUGCGUGGACGAUUUGUGAGUCGGCUGACAG